GGCUGAAAGUCCGAAACCAAACCCCCUUCCCACAUUGCCACCUCGUACGCAUCGGGCCGGCCGCUCCCCUGCUUCCGCUUCAAAACUGUACACGCUUCCGCUCUCCUGCUACUCCCCUCCCCCCUCCCCGCCGAUCGGCCGAUGGAACCCGCAGCCAUGGCAAGAUCCCCGUGCUCCGCCAUCUCCCAGGCCUCCCUCCCGUCUGCUCCGCUCGUCCCCGGCCGCUUUGCCAUCCGACCCAGCCGCAGGCUGACCCUGACAAGCCCCGCCGCCGCCAGGCGGCUAGUCACUCGGUGCACCGUCGGAGACAAGGCCGAGGCGGAGAAGCCUAUCGAGAAAAGAUUUCCUCCUUUUCCGACUGUCAUGGACAUCAACCAGAUCCGCGAUAUCCUCCCACAUAGGUUCCCAUUCCUUCUGGUUGACAGAGUGAUUGAUUACAAACCAGGAGAAUAUGCUGUUGCAAUCAAGAAUGUGACAAUAAACGAUAACUUCUUCCCAGGACAUUUUCCGGAACGACCCAUAAUGCCUGGUGUUCUCAUGGUUGAGGCAAUGGCCCAGGUUGGAGGUAUAGUUAUGUUGCAACCUGAAGUAGGUGGAUCUCGAGAGAACUUCUUUUUCGCAGGGAUUGAUAAAGUGAGAUUCCGGAAGCCUGUGAUUGCUGGAGACACCUUGAUCAUGCGAAUGACUCUGAUCAAGCUGCAGAAAAGAUUUGGAAUUGCAAAGAUGGAAGGGAAAGCUUAUGUUGGGGCCGACCUAGUAUGUGAGGGGGAGUUCUUGAUGGCUACUGGAUCAGAGUAAAAGCAAGAGACAUAGAAAUACUUAAACAUUUCAGCUUUCUGGUGCGAAAUCAACUUUGCAGCCUAAGUUUUGAACCGCGCCUGUUAUAGCAUGUGAUAUCUUUGUCUUUCCAGUAGUCUUGAACGAGUGACUGAGUGUUGAACUACAUGUGUAACAGGUCUGUAGGUUUACGAUCAUUGUGAUGGAAGAAACUUUCAAUACUGAAAAUCAUUCUGUAUCCUCAGAUGUUGACGAGCUUUACUUGCCUGAUCUUUUCUGAAAGC